AGCAAUUCAGCUAUGAAGAGAGGCUGGAUAAGCUGGAGUUGUUUUUCUCAAAGCAGAGAAGGCUCAGGAGCAUUGACAGCUCCGAGAAGCUAAAAGGAAAAAUGAAGAGCUAAUGGCUAAAAUCCAGGCAUCUCUGAUCCAUGUCUCUAAACCAGUGCCUCGAAAAAUAGCUAAAAUGAUGGAGAAGCGCAAAGAGGAGUUGAGGAAGAAGGAAGCUGAGAUGAUUAUGAAAGAGAUCAAUGACUUUGAAACAAUACUGACCAAGUUGGAGCCAAUCGGGGCUGAAAAAGAACGUGAGAGGCCGAGCAGUACGGUCCAUAUUCAGGAGGUACCUUUGAAGGAGGCGUUUGUUCCCUGUGUGAGAGUGGAGGAAGAUCACACUUUUAUUGAGAAUCUUCGGAAGAGGCUGGAUGAGGAGGGCAAGGCAAGGAAGGAGCGGGAGAAACGACGACGGCGAGUGUUAUUGGAUCAGCUACAGGCACACGAAGCCCAGGAGGAGGUGUAUCGCGAGGAGCAGUUGGUGAAUCGGCUGAUGCGUCAGUCACUACAGGAGAGGCGGAUUGCUGUCCAGCUGAUGCUAGCUCGCCAUGAGAAACAAGUCAUUACACAAAACCGCAUCUUCCGGGAGAAGCAGUACGAGGAGAAACGGUUGCAGGAGUUCCAGGAAGUGUUGGACAAGGAGGCGGUGUUGGUGAGACAAGAGAAACUGGAGCACAUGGAGCACAUCCAGCGAGAACGAGAGGUCCAUGAACGGGUCAUGGCUCAGCGGGCAGAGCAGCGAUUCCGGAAACACUACAGCCUCUGCCAGGAAGUGGUGGACCACAUCAUCGACUUGGUGAUCAAGAUCGCAGAAUACCGUGAGCUCACACUAAAGUACGUGGAAACGCUGAGCAGCUGGCACUUUGGUGGGGCACACCUCACACUUACUCUGCCAUUGAACAAGAACCUGCGAGAGCGUCUCUGGGACAUCUCUGACACCAGGAAGGAAGAGGCUGAGCGAGAAAGGAUGAACAUUAUGGGUAAUGGCUGGCUGGAGGAUCACCUGGGUUUACUGCUGAAUAUCUACACAACCCUCAUGCAGGUGGAGAUUGAUCGACUCCAGGAUACUUACCGGUUCCUACAAGAUUAUUACAAGGUGAUGGAAGGGACCAUCCCACCGGAAGACAACAAGGAGUUUGCACGUAUCCCAUUGGUCAGUGUGCCUGAUGUCCAGAUCCCAGCCACCGUGCCAGCGAUGGAUCAGGACCCAGUGAGGUACAAUGGGACAGUGACUAUGUGGAGGUGGAGACAGUGGUGA